AAAUUAGAUAUAAAGGAAGAUAUUGAAUAUUGAGAAAUGUACAAAAUUAUUGGAGUAAUUCUCUAUUUUAUUUAUGUUGUUGAAAAUAAGGAAACAACAGAAACUUCUUUAUCUGCUGUCACUGAUGCUGGUGAAUAUUCAAAUGUCACAGAGGAUAAUUUGAUGACGAAAGACACGAAAAUUAUAACCAGGGCAGAAUGGGGUGCCAGACAACCACAAGGACCAGUUAAUGAUCUUCCUGAAUAUCCGCCACCUUUUGUUGUCGUGCAUCAUUCGGCGACCGUUGGCUGCACAUCUCAAACGAUAUGUUCAGCGCGAGUUCGAUCUUUCCAAAACUAUCAUAUGGAUCACAAUAAAUGGAGUGACAUUGGUUACAACUUUUUGGUUGGAGAGGACGGAUUGGUUUACGAAGGUCGUGGUUGGGGCAAAAGGGGAGCACACUGCCCUAAAUACAAUCCCAAAAGUAUUGGAAUCUGCGUCAUUGGAAAUUUUACUAGUCAUGAGCCGAAUUUAAUUGCCAUUGAGACAUUGAAGGAUUUAAUAGAAUUAGGAGUCUCGAAAGGUGAAAUUCAAAGUAAUUAUAAAUUAAUUGGUCAUCGUCAAGGUUCGGCUACUGAUUGUCCCGGCAACAGUUUAUACGAUUUGAUUAAAACCUUUCCACACUUUGACAGUAAUCCAUAAUAUUCGUCAUUUUAUGGAUAAUUACUACUUAAUUGAUAAGAGAGCCGGUGAAUAAUAGACGAUGGACAGGAAUAGGACACGUGGAAAACUUUUCAACGUCAGUCGAUGGAAACAGUUCGCGUUCGGCAAACAUCCAACGAUGUUUGUUCACCGGACUUCCGCGUAAAACACGUGUGCACUUCAAAAAUUGACAGCCGUUUUCACAGUGUUAUGCAAAUUUAUUUGCUUUCAUUUGCUAAUGAAAAAAAAUCGCCAAAAAAAAGUACUCUUUAAUCAGUAUUAUUUAAAAGAAAUUAUGGUCGUUGCUUUUGAAAAUAAAGAAGAUAUUUUGUGAGAA